CGAAUUACAUUCUUCAACUUAGGUUUUUUUUGUUCUCUCCGAUCAGAUCCACCAGUUGCAAGGAGAAAGGUGAAACUGAAAUUCUCAACACCUUCCUUACCCGGCCGAUCUCUAUUCCGCCGCGAUGUCUCUCCGCCGAUCUGUGCUCGGUCUCCACCGCCAAACCCACAACCUGUCUCUCUCAAAGUCUUUUCCUUUCUCGGUGAGUAAUGUCUCCUCCCCUUCCGCAUCCGCCGUCUCUGCCGCCUCCGCCGCCUCCGCCGCCGUGAGAAACCCAAUUGGAAGAGACCUCUCCUCGAUCGCCUUUGCCCUAUCCCAGAAACUGAAAACGGAAUCUGGGAAUCUCGUCACCGAUCGUUCGAUUUCUUCCAUUGGGCAAUCUAAUCUCGGCAGGGCAACGAACUUGUCUCGUCUCCAAUCUUCUCGAGGUUACAGUAACGCACCUUCCUUACCGAAAAUCCAUUUACUGUAUCACAUAAAUGAAGGAAUGGAAGAAAUUUUGGCGGAUUAUGUUCACCAAGAAAUGACCCGGAAUUUGAUGGUGAUCUCUUUGGGAUUGUUCCAGUUUAUCGUUCUCAAAGAUGUUUUCUUGUUUCUGUUCUUCUGAACAAGAAAACAUCUCUUGGAAUAGUGACCCAAAAAAUGCUUCCUUUAUUCUUCAUCUUUUUCUAUGAAUAAGAACAUCGAUGCAAGCGCAUCCUAACCUUGAAGCUUCCUUGUGUUGGUUCAGUAUGUGCAAGGAUUUAGUUAUAUUCGCUAAGUGUGUUUGAUGCAUGUUUUCUUUCCUGUUUUCGAGUCGGGAGUAUGUUUCUAAGGGGAUAUUAAGACUCUCUCUGUUAAGCUUUGGAUUGAAUAAUAAAGAGAAGUUUUCUCAGCUCUCUUCUUUGUAAUUUCAUCAAAUUUGUGAUCUGAGUUGAGCGUAAUUAUUCUUA